AUGGCUUCAGUUUCCAUUAUGGCUGCAAUUGGACAUGGAUUUAGUCUGAAAUAUAUCCAAGGAACAUUGUUGCAUAUCCUUGCAACUUUAAGCGUAUUUCAGUAUUUGACUUCAGAUAUAACAAGUUUAGGGGGAAUUUCCUUACGUCCUGAUCAAGUGGUUGACUCAUUGUCUUCUACAUGUACUAUGCCAUUGUGGUUGAAAUCCCUUUUUUCUGAGGAAUUUUACAAUGCUUGUGGGUUUCAUGAAAAUGAGAAAAAGAAUGAGAGAAAUUUGUUUUGUAUUGAUUGUUGUGCUGGAAUUUGCUCUCAUUGUUCCAAAGACAAACUUCAUCGUUCUCAUCAUUUAAUUCAGAUAAGGAAGUAUAUGUAUCAAGGUGUUAUCAAAGUUGAAGAUGCUGGAAAAUUGAUGAACUGUUCAUCAAUUCAACCAUACAUAUCAAAUAGUGCAAAAGUUGUGUUUUUACAUCCAAGGCAACAAUUCCCACAAACAAAAGUAUGUAAAAUCACAGGAAAUAGAUGUGGCAGCUGUAACAGAGCCCUUCAAGAAAAAUAUCAAUUUUGCUCCAUCUUUUGCAAGAUCACUAAUGAAAUGAGCAGUGGAGAAAUGAUGUCUGAAAACUUGCACGAAAGUGAGGUGUCUUCAUCACCCGAACCGGGUUCAGAAGAUGGUCUAAUGACACCCGAGUCGGUCCUUGAACCAUUUGCCUCCUUGAGGACUUCAUCCAGCUCAAGCGCCAGUUGUGGACCGGUUGACUGUUUGGCUUUUCUUUCCACUGCAACUACUGAAAUUGUGAAGAAAAAGAGAACCCCAAAGCCGACAAUUCUUGCGGCCGCAACAGCUAGUAACACGGGUACAUCGCUGUCGCGGCAAUUGUUGGCGAACCGGCGCAAAGUAUUCCCCUGCAGGUCGCCACUUUAUUGA